AUGGCGGAAGCUUGCGGAGUGAGGAGGAUAAAACUUGGAAGUCAAGGCCUCGAAGUAUCGGCGCAAGGCCUUGGUUGCAUGAACCUCUCCUAUGGCUACGGUCCUACCAAGCCUGAAGCUGACGCUAUUGCUCUUCUCCGCCACGCUAUUCACUCGGGCGUUACUUUCUUUGACACCUCCGACGUCUACGGUCCACAUACCAACGAGUUUCUCCUCGGGAAAGCUUUGAAAGAUGGGUUUAGGGAGAAAGUGGAAUUAGCGACGAAAUUUGGGGUCACAGUUUCUGAAGAUGGAAACUUUGCUAUAAGUGGAGAUCCAGAGUAUGUGAGGUUUGCUUGCGAGGCAAGCUUGAAGCGUCUUGGUGUUACCUCCAUUGAUCUUUAUUACCAGCAUCGAAUUGAUACCACUAUCCCCAUUGAAGUCACGAUGGGAGAGCUCAAGAAGCUUGUGGAAGAAGGUAAGAUAAAAUAUGUUGGUUUGUCUGAAGCCUCUGCCUCAACUAUCAGAAGAGCGCAUGCUGUUCAUCCGGUAACCGCUGUGCAGUUAGAGUGGUCACUGUGGUCAAGAGACGUGGAAGAAGAUAUCAUUCCUACAUGCAGGGAGCUUGGGAUUGGCAUUGUGUGUUAUAGCCCUCUAGGAAGAGGCUUCUUAGCAUCAGGACCCAAGAUUACUCUACCAAGAUUCCAACAAGAAAACUUAGACCACAACAAGAUUCUUUACGUGAAGGUUCAUGCAAUGUCGGAGAAGAAAGGUUGCACUCCCGGACAACUAGCACUGGCGUGGCUUCACCACCAGGGAGAUGAUGUUUGCCCCAUACCAGGAACCACUAAGAUCGAGAACCUCGACCAGAACAUUGGAGCUUUAUCGGUGGAUAUCACUCCCGAAGAGAUGGCUGACCUUGAGGCCAUUUCUCAACCAGAGUCUGUGAAAGGUGAAAGAUACACUGCCAUGGUACCCACCUUCAAGAACUCUGACACUCCACCAUUGUCUUCUUGGAAAACCAUGUGA